CGCAGGAUCGCGUGUCGCUGGCCCUUAACGGUCCCUGCUGACUCUGUCACAACCUCUGUCGCGCUGUGAUCUACACUGGUCGUGGGAAUCGUAGCAGGGACUCAGGGAGACCCAGGAAACCUAGAUAUGGAAAAAACUGGGAAGAUCCUGACAUUGAAGAUCAGUACAUAAACCAGGGGAGAAAAUUAAGAAAUCAUAUGGUGGAGAGACUCUGUGAAAGCAAAGAGAAUAGUCAAUGUGAAGAAAACUUCAACCUUAUUUCAAAUUUCAAUCUGAAGAAGAAAACUACUGGAGUAAAACCUUGUGAGCUCAGUUCAUGUGGAAAAGCCAAUUCAUCCCUUGAUAGAUUCAUCAAAUGUCACACUGGAUACAAGUCCUCUGAGUAUCUAAACCAUGGAGAGAAGCCAUAUAAAUGUAACAUAUGUGGGAGCACCUUUAGUUAUCUCUACUAUUUUGAACAACAUGAAAGAACUCACAAUGGAGAGAAACCCUAUGAGUGUAAACAAUGUGGUAAAGCCUUCAGUAUUCCUAAUUCUCUUCGAAUGCAUGAAAUAACUCACAGUGGAGAGAAACCCUAUGAACUUAAGAAAUGUAGAAAAGCCUUCAGAUACUAUCAAAGUUUUCAAACACAUGAAAAAAAUCACACUGGAGAGAAACCCUAUGAAUGUAAAAAAUGUAGUAAAGCAUUUAGUUGUCUCAGUUAUCUUCAAAAACAUGAAAGAACUCACAUUGUAGAAAAACCCUAUGAAUGUAAAAUAUGUAGUAAAGCAUUCAGGUAUCCCAGUUAUCUUCAAAUUCAUGAAAGAACUCACACUGCAGAGAAACCCUAUGAAUGUAAAAUAUGUACUAAAACCUUUAGUUGUCUCAAUUAUCUUCGAAAACAUAAAAGAACUCAUACUGGAGAGAAACCCUAUGGAUGUAAGGAAUGUGGAAAAGCCUUCAGAUGUUAUCAAAGUCUUCAAACACAUGAAAGAAGUCACACUGGAGAGAAACCCUAUGAAUGCCAAAUAUGUAGUAAAGCAUUCAGGUGUCUCAGUGAUCUUCGAAGACAUGAAAGAAUUCACACUGCAGAGAAACCAUAUAAAUGUAAAAUAUGUCAUAAAGCCUUUAGGUGUCCCAGUUAUCUUCAAAUACAUGAAAGAAAUCAUACAGGAGAGAAACCCUAUGGAUGUAAAAUAUGUAGUAAAACAUUUAGAUGUCCGAGUUAUCUUCAAACACACGAAAGAACUCACACUGGAGAAAAACCCUAUGAAUGUAAAAUAUGUAUUAAAGCAUUUAGAUGUUUGAGUUAUCUUCGAAGACAUGAAAGAACUCACAGUGUAGAGAAACCCUAUGAAUGUAAAAUAUGUAGUAAAGCAUUUGGGUGUCCUAGUUAUCUUCAAAUACAUGAAAGAAAUCACACAGGAGAGAAACCCUAUAAAUGUAAAAUAUGUAAUAAAGCAUUCAGAUAUCCCAGUUAUCUUCGAACACAUGAAAGAACUCACAUUACAGAGAAACCCUAUGAAUGUAAAAUAUGUUAUAAAGCAUUUAGAUGUCUGAGUUAUCUUCAAACACAUGAAAGAACUCACACUGGAGAGAAACCCUAUGUAUGUAAAAUAUGUAGUAAAGCAUUUAGGUAUCUCAGGUUUCUUCAAAUACAUGAAAGAACUCAUACUGGUGAGACCUAUGAAUGUAAGGAAUGUGGAAAAGCCUUCAUUUAUCACACAAACUUUCAAAAACACCUGACAGUACACACUGGAGAGAAACCAUGUAAAUGUGCAGAAUGUGGGAAAGGCUUCAGUUAUCCCAGCUCUUUUUGAAGGCAUGAAAGUACUCACUGGAUAAAACCUCUUGAAUGUAAACAGCAUGGGAAAGACUUAAUUGGCCCACAUCCUUACAUGUGAAACUUCCCAUGGGAAAGAAAGAAAAAUGUUACAUGAGAAAGCUUGAUGGAAAUUAAUCCAUGUAUAAUGGGCCAGAAAACUUUCAAUAUGCAACAGUUCUUAUUAAAGUUGUAAAUACAUUGUGUUUGUUGAACUUUUUUCUUAAAGUGCAUUAUUGGACCUUGGAUUUCUACUAAUUAUUUUCAGAAAUGAAUGUCCAGGUGCGAUAAUUCUGAGACUUGUCUUUCAACAAUAGUAUAUACAAUUAAUAUUGCUUUUUCCUUAAAAUGUUUAAUAACAUUUCUUCCCAUUUUGAAGUGUGUUUCUUAUAUGCAAUUAGGUUAAAAUAUUUUAUAAUGUUUUAUUUGUUCUGUGUUAAGAGGCCAUUUAAAAAGAACAGUUUUGUAGUUGGAUUUUCCUAGCAUCACUGUGGCAAUCUUUUAUAACCCUAGAUUAGUAUAUAUAUUCUACUUUUCCCUCUGAUGAAUCUCUUUUUUGGGGGUGAGGGGUAUAGUCUUUUUCCAUUUUUGAUACUGAUAAAUAGUGUGAAUAAAUUUUAUAUAUGGCAAUUUUAUGAAAGAAUAUAGUUUCAUGUGAAUAUUAUUUUUAUAUUUGUGCCUUUGCUUUUGUUCCUUUCUUCUGACCUUUAUUUGGUGAAUUAACUUAGAUUUAAGAAGAGGGACCUUUAAUAGGGCAAGAAAAUGUACACUUUGACAUAACCCCACUGUGGGUAAUGUUAGGAAGUUGAUUUUCCAGAAUCCAUCCCAUUUAUGGUUCCAUGUUGGAAUUCAUUAAUAGCCUCACUUGCAUUAUAUUUGGAAGGCAAAAACCAAGAAAGCGUUAGUCAGAUUUUGCAGCCACCAUUUGGACAGACAGAUAGAUAGGAGAUUCAAGGGCACAAUUUUCCAGUCCAUUUUUUCAAUCUGUUGAUUUUCCAAUCAAGAUUAUCCUCACAAGCUCCAUGAACUGUGUGAUACCCAUUUUCUGAGAGGUGCAGCUUUCCACUGAUGUCUUCACAAGAUCCACAGUAAAGAUCCACCAGAGUUUGGAGUUUUCUGUCAGCCCUCUUGUGUCCACAGGAAACUGAUUUAGACUUUCCUACUUAUGUCUGACUUCCCUCGUCUCUAGAUUGUAUCUGUAUAAGGUCUAAUUUGUAUAGGGAACACCUUAAGUUGUCAAAUGCUACUGACUGUUUUCCUGAUUCACCAUGACGUGGUGCUGACAAAAAGAAGGACAUGGGUAUUGGUUUCUCUGCUGCACGUGCAGUGGCUGCUGUGACCAGGUGCUUCCAUGUCAGAAUAAGCCCCUUCCUCCUGUCAGGAAGCCUGUGGGUGUUUCCUGUUACUUGUAGCUAAAUGUAAUCCCUCAAUAUGCUUUCAAUUAUGUUUGAUUGUAUGUGAUUAAAAGUAUGUGCAUUUUUUUUGUCAAAUGAACA